GUUAAAUGAGAUACCAGAAGAAGAAGUCGAUUGAAAGAUGUCAAUUACCGUUUUGUGGAUUGUAUCAAAGUGUCAUACUGUCAUAGUUUGUGUCGUUUGUGUUUGAGUGUUUGUGGCCUGUGGGUCAUCAAAAAUGGAUAAAGAAAUCUUAGAAGGAAUUAAAUGCAGUACAAAACUAGAUUUAGUACCAGAUCCUAAUAACCAGAAUACUGAGGACACUGCACAGCUGUCUCAAUUAAAUUAUGAUUGCAAAGAUUCAGAUGUUAAAUUUGAAGAUAGUGAAAUUCUAGAAGGAAUUAAACGCAGUCCAAAACCAGAUUUAGUAGCAGAUCCUAAUAACCACGAUAUGUGUGUUAGUGAGGACACUGCUCAACUGUCUGAAUUAAAUUAUGAUGGUAAAGAUUCAGAUGUUGAAUUUGAAGAUAGUAAAAUCCUAGAAGGAAUUGAAUGCAGUUCAAAACUAGAUUUAGUACCAGAUCCAGAUAUGUGUGUUACUGAGGACACUGCACAACUGUCUGAAUUAAAUUAUGAUGCUGUAGAUUCAGAUAUAGAAUUCGAAGAUGAGUGUGAAUUGAUUACAAUUGACCAGUUGAGUGCUGAAACUGGGGAUGUUGAACACAGCAAAGAAAUCUUGGCACCCGUCAACAUUGAAAAAGACAUUGAUGUAGAACUAUCAACCAGUAUUAAAAUGGCAGAAUCUUUAAUAUUUGCAGUUAGUAAGAAACAAAAAUGUGAAUUUUGCAACUACAAAACAGAUUCUCCGGCUAACCUCAAUCGCCAUAUUCUGAUACAUGGUAACCCUACUGACGUUCCUUUACAUAAGUGUCCAGAAUGUAUAUAUGAAACUCCACUCAAGUAUAACCUUGCCAGGCACAUGCUCGUCCACAAAAAUGAUGCUGAAAUUGAACUUUUCAGUUGCCCAUAUUGUUCUCUUAAAACGAAGCAUGGGAGGAACAUUAAUAAACAUAUUAUGAUGUGCCAUCCUGACGUUGAUGUAGGUGAAAAAUACUAUUGCAGCUUUUGUAAAUUUGUUACCAAAGUGCCGGAAAAUCUAAUUCGACACACUAGCUCGGUUCAUCAGGAUAAUCCCAAUAUCAAAAUGUUUACCUGUCCGGAGUGUCCGUUUAAGACAAGAAUUAAAUGGAAUUUAGAAAAACAUCUUUUAAGGCAUAAAGAACCUCAAAAACCAAAGACGAUGCAUAAGUGUCCCCAUUGUUCAUAUGAAAGCAUAUUGAAAACUACCCUAGAAAAUCACGUUCUGACGCACAAAAAAGAUUGGGAGGUAGACAUGUUCAAAUGUUUGUCAUGUCCGUAUGAAACUAAAUCGAAAAAGAACAUCAAUAGACAUGUACAUGAAAAACACAAAUUUCCUAAGGACCCUCUAAUAUACAAAUGCCCUUCCUGCAACUACGAAACUAAUAGAAGUCCAACGCUUAGGAAACACAUUCGUAUGAAGCACAAGAAUCCCAAAAGCUACCGCCAAUGUCCACACUGUCCUUUCGUAUCUAAUGUAGUAAAAACAUUCAACGAGCACGUUAGUCAAAACCACAAAAACCAAGAAGUGAAGAUGUACAAGUGCGAGGAGAAAACGUGCAAGUUCCAGACUAAAAGAAAAAUAAACCUUAGCCUGCACGUGUUGAAUGUGCAUACGGAUAAAAGGAAGUUGAAGUAUUUGAAAUGUGAUCAAUGUGAUUAUAAGACUAAACUAAAACAUUAUAUGAAUAAGCAUAAAAAACAGAACCAUGGUGGUUCGGAUUAGAAGGUUGUAAGUGAUUUAUUGUAUUCAAGUUAAUUUUUAUGUAUCUCAUUUUCAGAACUUACUAUAAAAAUAAGAAUCCAACUUACUAAAAA